ACACUGGUGCACAAGCACCGGUUGCCAAUAUAUAACUAUUUUUACACAAAUAAAACAACUAAAUUAGCUAUUACUGAAGAGUUUGAUAAGCUCCUAAUCGUCGCCAGAGAGUGGCAGUAAAUUAAUCAACGAGCGAGCCCUCAAAGAAGAACAGAACUGGGGGCAAAAUGGAUCUCCUCGAUUCCAUACUGAACGCCAUGGAUGCCCCUCCAUCGGCCAGCGAGCAGCAGAAAACGCUUAUCAAGAAGCAGCGUGAAAUGAUGGAGCGGAUGCAAAAGAGACAGAAGGAGGAAUUGUUGCGAUUCCGCAAGUAUGUGGACGAGCGUAUGGCCCGCUUUGCCAAAGAUGAUCGAGUGUCCAUCGAGUUCCAGCCCCUGGAUAAAGUGCACCGUUCCGUCAUUCACGAGAUUGCGGAGAACGGCGGCUUCAUAGCGAUGAGCUUCGGCCAGGAGGAUGUCGAUCGCCAUUCGGUGGUAUACAAGAAGGAGCAUGCACCCGGCGAGGAUGAGGUGACGGCGCGUCGCAAUGGCGAUGGCUGGAACAAGGAGAUUGCCAAAGAAUACGCAGAACAACGAAAAGAGCGCCUGGCUCAAGAGCAGAGCGACAAAAAGGCUUCCACAGCAGCAGCCGCAGCAGAAGCGGGCUGCUCCACAGACCCAGACAAUACAACGGGCGAGGUGAAGCCUAUGACCAAUUACAAAGCAAAAUAUGCCCAUCUGAUAGGUGAAUCGGCGGGCCUGCAGGCAGCAGGCAAAACAGAAACAAACCAAAGCUAUGGCUUUGUGCCCAGCAAGAACAAGAAGGACAUGCGCUCCAUCGAACAAACCCUGGCCGAUAUACAGGCCAAGAAACGCCUAAAGCUCCAGCAGCAGCAGGAGCAACAGCAAGAGCAAGAUCAGCAGCAGCAGCAACAACUAGAAGAAGAGGCCUUAGAAGUCAGCCAGUCAGCGGCGGAGGAUCCUCCCGUGGCUGAUCAUCAAUGAAAGCAAUAAGAUUUCAAUAUUAGUUUUGUUGGUUUUGAUUAGUCACAUGCAAUGUCUCGUCGACUGCCAUGUAAUAAUAAGUAAAUAAGCAAUGUAAUUUGUUGGCUAAUUAGGACGCGACAGCUAAAUGUUUAUAAUGUUGAAUAUCAAGUGCAGAGUGUCCGAUUCGCAUUAUCUAUUUAUAUAAUAAAAGCAACAUUUUUAACUGUAAA